AUGGCGCCUCCACCAGUCAAAUAUUGCGUGUUGUCGUUCCCGACACCAGAGAUCCUGUUGGUGACAUUGAACCGACCCAAGCAGCUCAACUGUAUUAGCGCAGAAGGCAACGAAGAGUUGGACAAUGUGUGGCAAUGGCUGGACGCCGAGCCAAAGCUAUGUGUCGGUAUCCUCACGGGUACUGGGAGGGCGUUUUGUGCUGGCGCUGAUCUGAAAGAAUGGAAUCAGGCCAAUGCAUCAGGCAAACAGCGCAAGAUGCCAUCUUCGGGCUUCGGUGGACUGUCACGACGCCGCGGUCGUAAGCCAGUGAUAGCGGCAGUCAAUGGAAUCUGUUUUGGCGGCGGAUGCGAGAUGGCAAUCAACAGCGACAUGGUCUUCGCGUCCUCUUCCGCCACCUUUUCUCUUCCCGAAGUCAAGCGUGGCGUCGUCGCCAUCGCCGGAGCUCUCCCACGCAUCGCCCGCGUAGUGGGCAAGCAGCGUGCCAUGGAGAUGGCUUUGACCGGUCGAGUGUUGAAAGCCGAAGAAGCUCGGGAAUGGGGACUGGUCAAUCGUGUCGUUGAGGGAGACGUUGUGGCCGAGUGCAUCGCCGUAGCCAAGGAGAUUGCAGGAAACAGUCCCGAUGCUGUCAUUGUCAGUCGCGAAGGAGUCAAUCUGGCAUGGGAGGGCCUGGGCGCAGAUGCGGCGACGGAGAAGCUGAUUGCCGAGUCAUAUCAAAAACUCCUGCAGGGGGAGAAUAUCCACGAGGGCGUCAAGGCUUUUGUCGAGAAGAGGAAGCCCGUCUGGAAGGCCAGUAAGCUGUAG